AUGACUUGCGAAAGAAGUCGGAAAUAUAAUCCUUCUCUCCAGAAUUUUAAACGAGAUGGCGCCGGUUUAGGAAAAUGUGAGUGUCCCUUUAAGUUGUGCAGUUAUAUGUUGGUAAAUAAGAAAUGGAGAUUUAAUGUCAUAUGUGGUUUAUAUAACCAUGACUUGUGUCAAAAGUUAGUCGGUCAUCCAAUUGCGUCUCGCCUCAUGCCGGAAGAGAAGGAAUGUGUUUCAGACAUGCCAUUGAAUUUGGUUCAACCGAAAAACAUACUUGUAACUUUGAAACGUAAAAGAUCCGAAAAUAUCUCAAAUAUCAAGCAAGUGUACAAUAUUCGAUACCAAAAUAACAAGGCGCUAAGGGGGGAUAGAAGUGAAAUGAAACAACUAUUGAAACUUUUGGAUGAUGACAAUCAUGUUUCUUGGUACCGAACGUGCGAGGAUGGAGUAACUGUUAGAGAUAUAUUUUGGAGUCAUCCUCAUUCCAACAAGUUAUUCACCAUGUUUCCUACUAUGAUUAUCAUUGAUUCAACGCACAAGACCAACUAG